GUGGAUGGAAUACGGUAGACUAUUUUCUUGUCCAUUGAGAACGUCACAAAGUUACUGAGCCGGUCGAAAAUGUCCGCACGGUGUCUCUACCGUCAAGUAGGAGUAGCCUACCUACUGACUAAACACGAAUUUCAUUGAGCUGUUCUUUCCGCCCAUUUUUCUUGACGGCUUGUCUUGCCUUCAGGAACGGGGCAAGCAUGACGCCGUGUCAAGUUCUUCGUCAAGCUUAGUUCUUUCUCACCUACAACUGAACUUUCAAACUGAUAGCCUCGGGCCCCGGAGGAAAUUCUUCUCAUUGAUCAUUACGAUAAACAGAUGCGGAGCAUUGGAAGUAUAGCAUAGUUAACUUGCACUGAAGUUGUAGCCUACAAGCCGGGAUAGGUACGGCAGUUGACCGCUGCUUGAGGCGGCUAUUACAUUGGAAAUGGGCACACAAGGGCUCUUCUGCUGUGUGGUGUUCGUUGUUUAUACGGGGUUCAGUUUGGAGAAUCCGACCACCUGCGAUGAAGUUCGAAAAGUUUUUCAUGUGAGGCAGAUUGGACCUGUAAAUUCACUACUGGACCUACCUAGAACAGGGUUGGAUCUUCAGGUGUGCAUGUCCCGGAACCUAACAUGCUGCACCAAGAAGGCUGAGGAGAGGUACCAGCUUGCCGCCCGACGGGACGUCCAGAACCUUCUCCAAACCUCCAGCUCCAGCUUGAAGUUCCUCAUCACACGGAAUGUGGCUACCUUUCAAGAAACCUUUGUGAGCCUAAUCAAGCAGGCGGAGAACUUCACCAACUCGCUGUUCCUGGGAACGUACCGGAAGGCGGCGGGGGAAGCGGCGGGGCCGGUGCGGGAGCUUUUCACCGACGUGGGCCUGUUCGUCCUGGGCUCGGAGCUGGACGUGGACGACCUGGUCCAGCGCUUCUUCGACGGCCUCUUCCCGCCCGUGUACAGCCACCUGGUGGAGCCGGGCCUGACGGGCGUCGCCCCUGACUACGCCGAGUGCGUGCGGGCCGCCCGGCGCCAGCUCCGCCCCUUUGGCGCCGCCCCUCGGCAGCUGGCGGGGCAGAUCCGGGCGUCGGCCUCGCCCGUGCGCGUCUUCCUCCAGGCCCUCAACCUGGCCAUCGAGGUGAUCAACACCACCGACCACCUGCGCUUCCCCAAGGACUGCAAGAGGGCGCUGUUGCGCAUGCAGUACUGCCCCCACUGCCUGGGCCUGACCCGCAGCAAGCCCUGCAUGGGCUACUGCCUCAACGUCAUGCGCGGCUGCCUGGCCGGCAUGGCCGAGGUCGACGCCCCCUGGCGGGAGUUCGUGCGCUCCAUGGAGGAGGUGUCCGAGCGCAUGCGCGGGGCCCAGGACCUGGAGCAGGUGCUGCUGGGAGCUCACGCGCUGGUGGGUGACGCCGUGACCCACGCCCAGAGGACCGCGCCCCGGCUCUCUGCGCAGGUUCAUAAGCUGUGCGGACACCCAAUCAGGAAGCCGACGCAGUCCGUCAACGGGCCCCAGCAGGAGGGAGGAAAGGAGCCCCUCCCUCACAGGACCCCCCUGAGUGACAUGGAGGAGACGCUGUCCAGCCGGAGGAGGGAGUUCAUCAGCAGCCUGCGGCUGUACCGCACGUUCUACGCAGACCUGGCGGGACAGCUGUGCGUGAGCGAGCUGGCCUCGGAGGACGGCCUGUCCUGCUGGAACGGAGAGGACAUCGUCAGGAGCUACACUCGACAGGUUGUCGGGAACGGGGUUCGAGCUCAGCUGGCUAACCCAGAGGUGAAAGUGAAGGAGGCCGACCCAGUGAUCAAUCAGAUCAUGGACAAGCUCAAGCACAUCAAUCAGCUGCUGCAGGGCAAGUCCAUCCCUCAGUACGGGACGCUGGACCGGAUUGAGGCUGGGAGCGGGGCCUCGGACGGACGCUUCAGCGGGGACUGCGACGACGAGGAUGAGGACGGCUGCGGGGGGUCGGGCGGCGGGGAGGUGAAGAAGGUGCUGAAAGUCUCCAAAUGGACCCCGGACGAGGCGGGCGAUCAGCGGAGGUCUCGCGCGCAGACGGAGAACUUUGAGGCGGGCGGCGCGUCUGCGGCGGGAAGCUCGGCGCACAGCGGCCUGUUGACCCUGAGCGCCGUGUGCGCGUUGGCGGUGCUGCGCUGGUAACGUCGGCGGUUCUCCCGGCGCGCCGCGUUCUGGAAUGCCCUUCUACACCAGGGAACGCACGCAAGGUGCCAGAAGCACCGCUGCCGAGGCACGGAAGCCCUGGCGCAACGCCUCUCCAAGUGCCUGUUCUGUCAAGGACCACGGGUGGGAAUAUUAGCAAACUCCUCAGCAUGGAAGCAGAUGAGGCCUCACUCUUACUCUCUCUAUCUCUCUCAUUCACUCUCUCUCUCUCUCUGUCUGUCUCUCACUCACUCUCUUUCUCUAUCUCUUCUCUUCUGUCUCUCACUCACUCUCUCUCUUCUCUCUCACUCACUCACUCUCUCUCUCUCUCUCACUCACUCACUCACUCACUCCCUCUCUCUCACUCACUCACUCACUUUCUCUCUCUUCCUCUCUCCCCCCCUCUCUUUCUCUCUCUCUCUCUCUCCCUCUCUCCAUCACUUCCACUCUGUCAUGGUUUUUCAGUUAUAUUUGAAAUGCUUUAUUGGCAAGUAAUACAGACCAGUAAAUACCGCCAAAGCAUAAAAAUGUGUUUAUCUCAUAAACAACAUCGGGAGUUGUUUCUCUUUCUCUUCGUUUAGGCAUGAAUUUCCACUCAAACACAUUUUCUUCUCUGCUGUUGACAAUACAAGUGUUAAAACAAUCUAAUCUCACUGCCAUGGAAUGCUCCUUUGCCUGAAAAACUUAAACUUUUCAAAUAUAUAUAUUGUUAAUUUAAUUCUCUUACGGUAUCUUACUCUGUGUAAGAUAAAAUCAUAGAAGUGAAAUAAAUAAACAUAAUAUGUUGUCUGCCAGCAUUACUGCUUACAAGAAAGCCAUUUAAGUCAGAGCAUUUAUUUUUCAUCUCUUAGAAUCCCAUAGACAUCACUGUCUUGGACUUGUACUGCAAUGUCGAUUUUGAAAUGUGUUAUUUUUGUGAUGCUAAUUAUGAACUGUAAAUCGUACUGCAGUAUGCGUUUAUUUCCAGUGUUAUAUUGUCUGUUGGCGGGAGGGCAGGCCAAAGGACGCACGUAGCCCUGUUUAUGGAAACACCUCCUCUGUUGCCAUGGAGAUGUACGUGUCUCUGGACAUCAGGAUGUUGUCUAUCGCUAACUUCGGCGUGUCCUUUACCUGAAACUUUCCUAAUGUUUUGGGUCAGUGAAUAAAUGUUCUUUUUUCCAGGCUCCAGAGACACACCAGCUUGUUUCCAGGGGUUUAUUUGUUGUCCUCUAUUGCUGGAUUUUUGCAUAUGCUGGGAAUAUGGUCCUGCCUGGAUACUGGUCUGUGAUUGGUCCUUUCCUCUGGGCUUCUUUGAGUAACCCUUCUGUUUAUUGGCACACCAAGUAGACGUCUCGAAAGAACAAAGGGUUAGAAAAUUAAAGUAUAGCAGCUUUUCUUGUUGUUGGUUCCGAUUCAUGCCACGGUCUUUGCAAAUGUUUAUAUGCUGUGUUUUGUCAAAGACUGUAAAAAUAGUUCUUGUUCGAACGGAAACAUUCUACAGAAGGCUUUGUAGAUGAACCAUUUGAGUACAUUGGCCAACAACAUGGACACCGGUUUCUUUUGGACAGGAGAAGACUGUAAGUAGUCACCCAGGUAUGUCUUCAUUCCCAAUGAGCAGACAACCGUGAAAGGCUUUACGCAAAUGCAAAAAGAUGCGGAAAGGCAUAGCAUUGCUACUCUGUCUGGAUAUUUCAGUCUUAAUCCUUUUAUCCUUAAUCCUUAACGCAUGCCAUCUUAAUCCUUCAGACAGCACCGUCACACAUUGAGUUUACGUUGCAAAUUCAGUUGACUUUUUAAAGUGCUCAGGUGGGAAUGAUUAAGUCAUAGCUGACAUCAUACGUGGGGCUUGCGCUGGUUAGAAGAUGUGCUAGCAAAAAAAAGUGAAACUAAAGGAUGGCUAGAUGGCUGUUUUUUUAGCCAGUAAAAGCAGUAGAUUGUACCACUCUGGGGUAGGUUCAGGUUGCCAAAGUCCUCAUUGUUGCUCCAUUGUGCCCCUGUGUCUAUUGAGACAGAGCCCUGUAUGAGGGGCAUUGGGCUCCAUCAAAAGAUCACACAUCGGCCCCCACCACCCCAGGCCUCGCCAUCCCUGCACAAUUUUUGAGGGCCCUUGUCGGUCAAGGCCUGUGGAAUCUUGCUCACUGCCCCCCAAUGCCCCCCCCCCCCCUGCCCCUUAUGGGCCCCUGAUGAGGGGUAUGGUAUUGUGGGGUACUGGCCUCAAUGGUACCUGCUUUACUUCCCAUUGUUUUGCAUCUGUUUUGUCUGACAAGGAGCUACAGUAGAAUGUGAUACAGAUUAUAUUGAACAGGAUAAACACAACCGACCAUAAAUGUCUUUGUAUUCUGACGUGCUAAAGAUAAGCACUGUUCCAUCUCAACAGCCAGUGUUUUUGGGUAGAACGCUUGUCCGACUGCAGUAGCACGGAGAGAAUGCUGACGCCCAGUUACCGUCGAGUUUAAUUAGCUCGUGAAUUUUGUUCAGCGGCACAAGUGCUCAGUUCAGACUUGACAAGCCCAUUGACGUUGUAUCAUAGUGUGUGGCUCUACAGGAAACUGUCUAAAGAGCAGAUUGAAUAAAUAAUAAACUUGCUGUUUACGCUGUAUAACAGACACAUAAUAAAUUGCAAGUCUUACCAUACAGUUGCAAAAACUGAAUAAUUAACAGCACAGGUAGGCUAUAGUGCAUCUGUAGGAAUAAGAUUUUGCUUUUUCACUUGUAGCUGCUGUUCUUUCGUGACAUAAUAAACACAAAUGUGCAUCACAUGAUGGUUCUCACAUAAAGGUUCAUUUCUUAAAUAGAUAUUAACAUGGAGUGAAAAUCUGAAGCAAUCCUGCUGACUAUAGUGGAAGGAUUUGAGAUGAAUCUGUGCUAAUGGAGGUUUGACUGUCUCUCAGAUGCCUAUCUUACAGACAAAGCUGUCAUUUUUUGUCAAAAUUUUUUCUACUGUAAUAUGAAUCCGGUGUGGUACAGGAAACUGAUGUUUCUCCUGCUGCUGGUCUAACUCAAAUGUCAUGGGAGAACAGCUUAAUCAUUUGAAUAUUUAAGUUCACACUCUCUUUUGCAGUUCCAUUUUUUACAGAACUAAUGGGACUGAUACAGCAUGUAAAAGAUGGUGCAGUUUAAAAUGUCUCUCCAAGCGUUUUCCUGAAAGAAGGCCCAAGAAAACGGGAAGUCUAAUCAGUUCCUUAGCAGUGGCGGCACAGAACAGCAUUUCUGUAAUCAUUUAUACUUCUUACGACUCCUGUGAAUUUUUUUUUAUUUUUUUAAAUGUCCUUGCAGUCUGGAAGUAAAAUCAUGCUUAACUAGUCUACUUUAAGAUUCUCAGUCAGAUACCAUGUUGUUUAUUAAUAACAACAAUCAUAAUCAUAAUCAUAAUAGUAGUGCUUUUCAAGUAUAACAAAGACAGGAUGACACUGUAGAUUAGGUCUUAUCUCCUGUGUAUAAUACUAAUACACACACUGGUGAAUAUAGUGUCAGGAUAUUACUGCUGUAAUUUAUCUGUAGGUGUUGAAUUUCCUGUGAUGCUGAAAGGCAUAAUGAGGCUCUCUCAAUCUUCAGUAGAUGAAGAAAAAUAACACACACACACAGACGCACAGAGACAAGUAUGCGCAUGCACGCACAUACACUCAUAUAUAGGGUUUGUACACACACAAACAACACACAGGCACAGAUAAAAAGAGUAUUUAAUAUGCAUAUAUUGUCUGAUGGAGAUGUGAUUUUUAUAUUCUUUUAGUUUAAGGGAUGCGUCUCUGGUGUGGGAUGUCUCCUGCUUUAGGUACAUGUUUAUGUGCAUUCAUCUUUCUUUCAGAAUCCAACGACAGACAGGGUCAGCUCUUUACACUGAGACAGAUUAUGUAGGAGAUCAUCAUAGAGGGAGCUACAUUGAGAAGUCAUAAAUAGCAACAAGUAAAAGCAGGAGACUUCGAGUCUGGAUCCCUUUCAUAAGUUGGUCUGGACUUUGUCCAGGUGGCUGAGGUUAACUGUGCUGGUGUGCAGCAGUGUUGAGUGUUCUCUGUAGGAUUGAGAGGCCUUUCCAAGACCAGUCCCAGAGCAGUCGACCAUUCAAUCAGUUCAGUACAUUUUCAUACAGUACUCUUCACACCAAAGGGUCUGAUAGUGCUGAACAGAGAAAAAUAAGCAAAAUACUAGCAAGCCAGUUUAAUUGGAUAUAUUUAGAUUAGAUACAAGUGACCAUUCACAAGUGGGUAAUUAUUUAACUCUUCCUUUGUCCGGUGGGAACUAUUCCUUUAUCUGGUGGGAAUUUGAAUCUUUUUAAAAAUUCUGUCAAUUAAUUAGUCUAGUAAAUCCUAUUGUAUCCAAAUGGGUAGGCCACAUGCUUGGUUCCAGGUACCAUCCAUUUUGUCUUCUGCAGCCAACUUUUGAAAAAUGCUUCAAACGCUUUCCAGCCAUACAUCAGCUUGUUUUCAUUUCUAUUGUUGAUAUAAUUGUUAUUAUUUUUAUUUAAGAAAGUGGUAAUAUAUGUGUCAACGGCAUUGUAAAAGCUGGACAUUGAACAACAAUAUUUCUGGGUUUUAUUUAAGGUUUUAAUAAGGUCUGUCUAGCUUAAGCCUUUUUUUUUUUUUUUUUUACUUUUUUUGGGGGAUGUGGGAGGGGGGGCUGUUAAGUUCUUCAGGAGGUAAACACAAAGACAGAAGUUCCAGAACAUACUUUUCCCGAUUAGACUUCUUUAGACUGCGUAUGUUUGCACAUGUUGUUUCAGUUACCUGUAUGGUACUAAUUUUUUUUUUUUUUGGAAAAAAGUGUAUAUUAAACUAAUAUAAAUUCUCUUUUUUAUUCAUAAUUUAUUCACUGAUUAUGGUAUUUGUUCAUUUUUCACUUCUGUUAACUUGUUUGUUUAUUCUAAGUCAAUUUUAAUAAACAGUUACUACACAA